AUGAAUGUUUGUACGAGAGCUUUCCAGAACUUCCCUUGGGGCAAGUGCCAGAAGCUGAAGGAGAGGCUGCAAAUGUCCAGUGUCCAACAUCCAUCAGCAUCCAAGAGCCGUCUUCUCCAGCAACCUCCAGCGAAGCUUUCACACCCAAGGAGAGCUCUCCUUACAAGGCUCCAAUAUACAUUCCUGAUGACAUUCCCAUUCCUUCAGAGUUUGAGCUCCGAGAAUCCAACAUUCCUGGAGCAGGAUUAGGGAUAUGGACCAAAAGGAAGAUUGAAGCAGGGGAGAAAUUUGGCCCUUUUGUAGGAGAGCAGCGACCACACCUGAAAGAUCCUAGUUAUGGCUGGGAGAUCUUGGAUGAGUUUUGCAAUGUGAAGUUCUGCAUAGAUGCCAGUCAACCAGAUGUAGGAAACUGGCUCAAAUAUAUCAAGUUUGCUGGAUGCUACAAUCAGCACAACCUUGUUGCAUGUCAAAUAAGUGAUCAGAUAUUCUACAGAGUGGUAGCAGAUAUUGAACCAGGAGAGGAGCUCUUACUGUUCAUGAAGAGUGAAGAUUAUUCACAUGAGACAAUGGCUCCGGACAUCCACGAGGAGCGCCAGUACCGCUGUGAGGACUGUGACCAGCUCUUUGAGUCCAAGGCUGAGCUGCUGGACCACCAGAAGUUCCCCUGCAGCACUCCUCACUCUGCCUUCUCCAUGGUGGAGGAGGACUUCCAGAAGAAGCUCGAGAAUGAGAGUGACCUUCAGGAUGUGCAUGAAAUCCAGGAGUGUAAAGAGUGUGACCAAGUCUUCCCAGACUUACAAAGCCUGGAGAAGCACAUGCUGUCACACAGUGAGGAGAGGGAGUACAAGUGUGACCAGUGCCCCAAAGCUUUUAACUGGAAGUCCAACUUGAUACGUCACCAGAUGUCACACGACAGCGGGAAGCACUACGAGUGUGAGAACUGUGCCAAGCAGGUUUUCACGGACCCCAGCAACCUCCAGAGGCACAUUCGUUCCCAGCACGUGGGGGCUCGUGCUCACGCUUGUCCAGAGUGUGGCAAGACCUUUGCCACUUCUUCAGGCCUCAAACAGCAUAAACACAUCCACAGCAGUGUCAAACCUUUCAUAUGUGAGGUCUGCCAUAAAUCCUAUACUCAGUUUUCAAACCUUUGUCGUCAUAAGCGCAUGCAUGCUGAUUGCAGAACCCAAAUCAAGUGCAAAGACUGUGGACAAAUGUUCAGCACUACGUCUUCCUUAAAUAAACACAGGAGAUUUUGUGAGGGCAAGAACCAUUUUGCAGCAGGAGGAUUUUUUGGCCAAGGCAUUUCUCUUCCUGGAACCCCAGCUAUGGAUAAAACGUCCAUGGUUAAUAUGAAUCAUGCAAAUCCGGGCCUUGCUGACUAUUUUGGAGCCAAUAGGCAUCCUGCUGGUCUUACCUUUCCAACAGCUCCUGGAUUUUCUUUUAGCUUCCCCGGUCUGUUUCCUUCAGGCUUGUACCACAGGCCACCUUUGCUACCUACUAGUUCUCCUGUUAAAGGACUUCCGAGCGCAGAUCAGACAAACAAAAGCCAAAGUCCCCUCAUGACAAAUCCUCAGAUACUGCCAGCCACCCAGGAUAUUUUGAAGGCACUAAAUAAACCACCAUCAGUAGGGGAGAAUAAGCCAGUGGAGCUUCAACCAGAAGGGUCCUCUGAAGAGAGGCAUGAGAAACUCAGUGACCAGUCAGAGAGUAGUGACCUUGACCUUGACGAUGUCAGUACCCCCAGUGGCAGUGACCUGGAAACCACCUCGGGCUCUGAUCUGGAAAGUGACAUUGAAAGUGAGAAAGAGAAAUUUAAAGAAAAUGGUAAAAUGUUCAAAGAAAAAGUAAGCUCUCUGCAGAGCCUGGCGUCAAUAAAUAAUAAGAAAGACCACAGCAAUCAUUCCAUUUUCUCACCAUCCUUAGAGGAGCAGACUGCGGUGUCAGGAGCGGUGAAUGAUUCUAUAAAGGCUAUUGCUUCUAUUGCUGAAAAGUACUUUGGUUCAACAGGACUUGUGGGGCUGCAAGACAAAAAAGUCGGAGCCUUACCUUACCCUUCCAUGUUUCCCCUCCCGUUUUUUCCAGCAUUCUCUCAAUCAAUGUAUCCAUUUCCUGAUAGAGACUUGAGACCGUUAGCCUUGAAAGUGGAGCCCCAAUCACCCAGUGAAAUUAAGAAGAUCCCAAAGGGAAGCUCUGAGUCUCCCUUUGACCUCACCAUAAAACGUAAGGAGGAGAAGCCACUUACCCCCAUGCCCUCAAAGCCAGCAGCCCCCUCUGCAUCCAGCCAGGACCAGCCCCUGGAUCUCAGCAUGGGCAGCCGGAGCCGGGCCAGCAGCACCAAGCCCGCCGAGCCUCGGAAGAACCACGUCUUUGGAGAGAAGAAAGGAGGAGACCUGGAGCAAAGGAAAGCUUCAGAGUCCUCUCUGCAGCACGCCAGGCCCACCCCGUUCUUCAUGGAUCCCAUCUACAGAGUAGAAAAAAGAAAACUAACUGACCCACUGGAAGCUUUAAAAGAGAAAUACUUGAGACCUUCCCCGGGAUUCUUGUUUCAUCCACAAGUGUCAGCCAUCGAGAACAUGGCCGAGAAGCUGGAGGGUUUCAGCGCCCUGAAGCCGGAGGGCAGCGAGCUGAUGCAGUCGGUGCCGUCCAUGUUCAGCUUCCGCGCGCCGCCCAGCGCGCUCCCCGAGACGCUGCUGCGCAAGGGCAAGGAGCGCUACACCUGCAGAUACUGUGGCAAGAUUUUCCCGAGAUCUGCGAACCUGACCCGUCACCUGAGGACGCACACUGGAGAGCAGCCCUAUAGAUGCAAAUACUGUGACAGAUCCUUUAGCAUAUCCUCUAACCUGCAGAGACACGUGCGCAACAUCCACAAUAAAGAGAAGCCAUUCAAGUGUCACUUGUGUGACAGGUGUUUUGGUCAACAAACCAAUCUUGACAGACAUCUAAAAAAGCACGAGAACGGGAACAUGUCUGGUACUGCAACAUCUUCACCUCACUCAGAACUGGAAAGCACAGGGGCAAUCCUAGAUGACAAGGAAGACUCUUACUUCACAGAAAUUAGGAAUUUUAUUGGAAACAGCAACCACAACAAUCAAUCCCCCCGAAACUCAGAGGAGAGAAUGAAUGGCAGCCACUUUAAGGAUGAAAAAGCCAUGAUAGCCAGCCAGAACUCGGAUCUGCUGGAUGACGAGGAGGCAGAAGAUGAAGUAAUGAUGGAUGAAGAGGAUGAAGAGAGCGAAAUGGCAGGGAAAGCAGUCAAAGAGCCCGUGACGAGUGACAUGCACGAGGGCACUCCCGAGGAGGAUUAUGAGGAAACGAGUACUUUGGACAUGAACUGCAAAGCUUCCCCUGGCAGGUAUAAAGAAGAGGAGUAUAAUAAGACUGGACUUUCGGCUCUGGACCACAUAAGGCACUUCACAGAUAGCCUCAAAAUGAGGAAAAUGGAAGAAAAUCAGUACAGUGAAGCUGAAUUGGCAGCUUUCAAUGCUUCCCAGCUGCCAGAGGACCUCAAGCAACCGUUGUACAGGAAAUCCAAAUCCCAGGCCUAUGCCAUGAUGCUCUCUCUCUCCGACAAGGACUCCCUUCACCCUGCAUCCCACAGUUCUCCCAACAUGUGGCACAGUAUGGCGAGAGCCGCCGCGGAAUCCAGCGCCAUCCAGUCCAUCAGCCACGUAUGACACUGAGGAGUCUUUCCGAGGAUGGGACCAAGUCCAAACCAGUAGCAUGGCUCUUUCAUAUAUGACUAUUUAAAAGACUGCUGAGCAGAAUGCCUUAUAAAUCUGCAGGGUCACUCAUUUAAAGUCCG